UGUCCGGAUCCGCGGCUCGACCGCGGAGCCGCGCCCGAGCCAGGCUCUCGGCAGGAAACAAUGAAGGGAGACACCAGACAACUCAACGGAGAGGAGGACGCCAGCAGGAGGGAAGACUCCAUCCUCACCAACGGGGGCUGCAGUGACCAGUCUUCCGACUCCAAGGACGCGCCCUCGCCCCCAGUCCUGGAGGCUAUCAGCAGCCCGGAGAUCAGAGGCCGCAGAUCAAGCUCACGGCUGUCUAAGAGGGAGGUCUCCAGCCUGCUAAGUUAUACUCAGGAUCUGACGGGCGAUGGAGAUGGCGAAGGGGAAGAUGGAGAUGGCUCCGACACUCCAGUGAUGCCAAAACUCUUCCGUGAAACCAGGACUCGGCCAGAAAGCCCAGCUGUCCGAACCCGAAAUAACAACAGUACCUCCAGCCGGGAGAGGCACAGGCCCUCCCCACGUUCCACCCGAGGCCGGCAGGGCCGCAACCACGUGGACGAGUCCCCCGUGGAAUUCUCAACUACCAGGUCCCUGAGGCGGCGGACAGGAUCAUCUGCAGGCACGCCAUGGCUGUCCCCUGCCAGCCCCUACCUCACUAUUGACCUCACAGAGGAUGAUGUGGUGCCCCAGAGCAGCAGUACGCCCUAUGCCCGCCUGGCCCAGGACAGCCAGCAGGAGAGCGUGGAGUCCCCACAGGUGGACGCAGAGGGCAGAGAUGCAGACAGCACUGAGUAUCAGGACGGGAAAGAGUUUGGAAUAGGGGAUCUCGUGUGGGGAAAGAUCAAGGGUUUCUCCUGGUGGCCUGCCAUGGUGGUGUCCUGGAAGGCCACCUCCAAGCGUCAGGCAAUGUCUGGCAUGCGGUGGGUUCAGUGGUUUGGCGAUGGCAAGUUCUCCGAGAUACCAGCAGAUAAGUUGGUGGCCUUGGGGUUGUUCAGCCACCACUUUAACCUGGCGACCUUCAAUAAGCUGGUCUCUUACAGGAAGGCCAUGUACCACGCUCUGGAGAAAGCCAGGAUACGGGCUGGGAAAACUUUCCCCGGCAGCCCUGGAGACUCGCUAGAGGAUCAGCUGAAGCCCAUGUUGGAGUGGGCCCAUGGGGGCUUCCAACCCACCGGGAUCGAGGGCCUCAAACCCAACAGGCAACCAGAGAACAAGACGCGAAGACGCACAGCUGACGACUCCGCCACUUCUGACUACUGCCCCCCAGCCAAGCGCCUCAAGACAAAUUGUUAUAACAAUGGCAAAGACCGAGGAGAGGAGGACCAGAGUCGAGAGCAAAUGGCUUCGGAUGUUUCCAGCAACAAGAGCAAUCUCGAAGAUAGCUGUUUGUCCUGUGGUAGGAAAAACCCCGUGUCCUUCCACCCUCUCUUUGAGGGUGGACUCUGCCAGACAUGCCGGGACCGGUUCCUUGAGCUGUUCUACAUGUACGACGACGACGGCUACCAGUCCUACUGCACCGUGUGCUGCGAGGGCCGCGAGCUGCUCCUUUGCAGCAACACGAGCUGCUGCCGGUGCUUCUGCGUGGAGUGCCUGGAGGUGCUGGUGGGCCAGGGCACGGCGGCGGAUGCCAAGCUGCAGGAGCCCUGGAGCUGCUACAUGUGCCUGCCCCAGCGCUGCCAUGGCAUCCUGCGGCGCCGCAAGGACUGGAGUGUGCGCCUGCAGGCCUUCUUCACCAGCGACCCGGGGCUCGACUACGAAGCCCCCAAGUUAUACCCUGCGAUUCCCGCAAACCGAAGGCGACCCAUCCGAGUCUUGUCCCUGUUUGACGGAAUUGCGACAGGGUACUUGGUCCUCAAAGAACUGGGCAUCAAAGUGGAGAAAUAUGUCGCCUCCGAAGUGUGUGAAGAGUCCAUCGCCGUUGGAACUGUUAAGCAUGAGGGCAAUAUCAAAUAUGUGAACGACGUCAGGAAUAUCACAAAGAAAAACAUUGAAGAAUGGGGCCCCUUUGACUUGGUGAUUGGUGGAAGCCCAUGCAAUGAUCUCUCAAAUGUGAACCCUGCCAGGAAAGGCCUGUAUGAGGGCACAGGCCGGCUCUUCUUUGAGUUCUACCACCUGCUGAAUUACACACGCCCCAAGGAGGGUGAAGACCGGCCUUUCUUCUGGAUGUUUGAGAACGUGGUGGCCAUGAAGGUUGGCGACAAGCGGGACAUCUCUCGGUUCCUGGAGUGUAAUCCAGUGAUGAUUGAUGCCAUCAAAGUGUCUGCUGCUCACAGAGCCCGAUACUUCUGGGGCAACCUGCCCGGGAUGAACAGGCCUGUGAUAGCAUCAAAGAAUGAUAAACUCGAGCUGCAGGACUGCCUGGAGUUCAAUAGGACAGCAAAGUUAAAGAAAGUACAGACAAUAACCACCAAGUCGAACUCGAUCAGACAGGGGAAAAACCAACUUUUCCCUGUUGUCAUGAAUGGCAAAGAAGAUGUUUUGUGGUGCACUGAGCUAGAAAGGAUCUUCGGCUUUCCUGUACACUACACAGAUGUGUCCAACAUGGGCCGUGUUGCCCGCCAGAAGCUGCUCGGGAGGUCCUGGAGUGUACCUGUCAUCCGACACCUCUUCGCCCCCUUGAAAGACUACUUUGCCUGUGAAUAGUACCGCAGGCACCAGGGCGUGUGGGCAGAGCCACGACCCAGGAGGUGCAUCCUGGCUCUGCCCUUCCCAGCUCAGCUGUGUGGGGUCGGGCCGAGUACCUCGUCGGGAGCAGAGCUGCCUUGUCCCCUCCUGGCAGGGGGACCCCGAGGUGCCAUCUCCUUGUGCACAAUUCAGACCUGGCUGCUCGGAGCGGCCAAACACGGUGCUCAUUUUGUCUUCUAAAAUUUUAAAACUUGAAAUAGGUAGUAAGAUGGCUUUUUUUUCCCUCCUGGGUUUACCGCUCAGAGAAACGAUGGCUAAGAUACCAAAACCACAGUGCCGACAGCUCUCCGAUACUCAGGUUAAUGCUGAAAAAUCACCCAAGACAGUUACUGCAAGACUUUAAUUUUUUAAAUGUCUGCAGCUCCUUGUUUCCAGGAGUGUGUGGCAGUAGACAUGUAGCUAAGGGACCUUUUAAGGGCCUAGGAUGGUUUCUUCUAGGGCUAGCAGAAGAGGACAUGAUGUCCAUGUCUGUCUUGAAUUGUCCCCGGCACGUUCCCCUGGCCUCAGUAUAAAGGGCUGGGAUCCGGGGCCCAUUUAGAGUAUUUUCCACAAGGAUGGUGAUUUCAGCCGGGAUGACAUCAUCAUCACUUUCAGGGCUAUUUUUUUUCCCCAUAAACCCAAGGGCAGGGCUACUCUUAGGUAAAUCCCUCCCAGUGACUGCAAUAGAAACCUCUGGAAGCUCAGGAAGGGGUGGGCUGGGUUAUA